GUGUGGAAAGUGCGGCUGCGGAAGCUCCGGACGCGAGGGGCGGGGCGUGCGCGGGACAAAGGGAAGCGCAGCCGGAGCUGCGGGCGCGUUUUCAGCCCGCCGUGUCUCAGAUUCAUUCUUAAGGAACUGAGAACUUAAUCUUCCAAAAUGUCAAAAAGACCAUCUUAUGCCCCACCUCCCACCCCAGCUCCUGCAACACAAAUGCCCAGCACACCAGGGUUUGUGGGAUACAAUCCAUACAGUCAUCUCGCCUACAACAACUACAGGCUGGGAGGGAACCCGGGCACCAACAGCCGGGUCACGGCAUCCUCUGGUAUUACGAUUCCAAAACCCCCAAAGCCACCAGAUAAGCCGCUGAUGCCCUACAUGAGGUACAGCAGAAAGGUCUGGGACCAAGUAAAGGCUUCCAACCCUGACCUAAAGUUGUGGGAGAUUGGCAAGAUUAUUGGUGGCAUGUGGCGAGAUCUCACUGAUGAAGAGAAACAAGAAUAUUUAAAUGAAUACGAAGCAGAAAAGAUAGAGUACAAUGAAUCUAUGAAGGCCUAUCAUAAUUCCCCCGCAUACCUUGCUUACAUAAAUGCAAAAAGCCGUGCAGAAGCUGCUUUAGAGGAAGAAAGUCGACAGAGACAGUCUCGCAUGGAGAAAGGAGAACCUUACAUGAGCAUUCAGCCUGCUGAAGAUCCAGAUGAUUAUGAUGAUGGCUUUUCAAUGAAGCAUACUGCCACCGCCCGUUUCCAGAGAAACCACCGCCUCAUCAGUGAAAUCCUUAGUGAGAGUGUGGUGCCAGACGUUCGGUCAGUUGUCACAACAGCUAGAAUGCAGGUUCUCAAACGACAGGUCCAGUCCUUAAUGGUUCAUCAGCGAAAACUAGAAGCUGAACUUCUUCAAAUAGAGGAACGGCACCAGGAAAAGAAGAGGAAAUUCCUGGAAAGCACAGAUUCAUUUAACAAUGAACUUAAAAGGUUGUGCGGUCUGAAGGUAGAAGUGGAUAUGGAGAAAAUUGCAGCCGAAAUUGCACAGGCAGAGGAGCAAGCCCGCAAAAGACAGGAGGAAAGAGAAAAGGAGGUGGUAGAGCAAGCUGAGCGCAGUCAGAGCAGCAUCGUUCCUGAGGAAGAGCAAGCGGCACACAAAGCUGAGGAAAAGAAAGAUGACGAAAGCAUUCCCAUGGAGACAGAGGAGACACACCUUGAAGAAACUACGGAGAGCCAACAAAAUGGUGAAGAAGGCACGUCUACUCCCGAGGACAAGGAGAGUGGGCAGGAGGGGGCCGACAGUAUGGCAGAGGAAGGAACGAGUGAUAGCAACACUGGCUCCGAGAGUAACAGUGCCACCGUGGAGGAGCCACCAACAGACCCCAUACCGGAAGACGAGAAGAGAGAAUAAAUAUUGCCUUGUUUUAUGUGUUCUGAAUACUUUUUUAAAUGAAAAAAUGUUUUUUGGUUUUAA